AAGAAUUCAAGCGGCAACACCGCGAAUGAUUCCGGCAGCGCCUGCGGGGUGAACGCCGGGAGUCCCGCGGGGGAUGAGCCAGGAGCGGAGCCGGGGGGCGGCGCGGGGGGCGCGGAGCGCGGGCGGCGCAUGAAGAGCCUGCGGAAGAAGCUGCGGCAGGUGGAGGAGCUGCGGCUGCGGCUGGAGCGCGGCGCGCUGCCCCGGCCCAGCCCCGAGCAGCUGCAGAAGCUGCGGCGGCGCCGCGAGCUCGAGGAGGAGCUGCGCGCGCUCGAGCUGGACUCGGAUGGCCGUGACCUGAGCCCGCAGCGAUGGAGCGGCCCCGGUACCGGGAGGCGACCCCCGGGGGCAGCGGGCCCGGGGGGGGCUCCGGAGCCGCCCGGAGCGGGAGCUGCGGCCACCCCCGCGCCACCGGCACCGGCACCGCCACCGGCACCGGCACGGCGGGGGGCGGCGAGGACGAGAGCGGAGAGCGCGACACUCCUGUCCCCAAACCCCCCGGGAGUGUCCCCAACCCCGGGGGUGUCCCCAGUUCUGAGGGUGUCCCCAACUCUGGGAGUGUCCCCAAACCCCCGGGUGUCCCCAACCCUGAGGGUGUCCCUGAGGGUGUCCCCAGUUCUGGCAGUGUCCCCAACCCCAGGACUGUCCCCAACUCUGAGGGUGUCACCAGCCCCGGGGGUGUCCCCACUCCUGAGGAUGUCCCCAACACUGGGACUGUCCCCAACCCCGGGAGUGUCCUCAGCUCCGGUGGCAUCCCCGGUCCUCGGGGUGUCACCAGCCCUGGGAGUGUCCCCAACCCUGAGGGCAUCCCCAGCUCCAGAAGUGUCCCCAACUCCGGCCGUGUCCCCAAACCUGAGACUCCCAGGAGUGUCCCCAACCCCGGGAGUGUCCCCAACCCCGGGAGUGUCACCAGCCCCGGGAGUGUCCCCAGCCCCAGCAAUGUCACCAGCCCCGGGAGUGUCCCCACCACCGAGGAUGUCCCCAGCCCUGAGGGUGUCCCCUCCCCCGGGGGUCGCUGUGGCUGCCGGGGUCCCCCGGCCGCUCCCCCGAGCCCCUCCCGGGACCUCCCGUGCGGUCUCGGCUGCCGCCACCGGGGACCCCCGCGGGACAACGGCGACCCCCGCGGGGCUCGGCGGCGACAACGCCACGACGAGCCCGACCAGCAGCUCGGCGACACCGCCGGGGGACAGCGGGGGACCCUGCGGGUGGCCCGGGCGGGGGUCGCGCUGUGCCUGCGCCUGCUCGGAGCUCUCCUGGCGCUGCUCUUCCUCCUCCUCCUCCUCCUCCUCGGCGGGCUCCGCUCCUUCCUGCGCGGCGGCUCCGCGGGGCUCCGCCGUUCCCGGGAGCUGCUGGCCGAGUGGCUCCGGCGGCGGGCGAGCCAGCGAGGUGGCGGCGGCGGCGGUGACGAGGAGGUGACACGUUUGGUGGCCAUGGCCGAGGUGGCCGAGGAGGAGCUGGACCCGUUCCGGGUGCUCGGGGUGGAGCCCACGGCCAGCGACACCGAGCUGCGGCGGGCGUACCGCAGGCUGGCGGUGC